AUGCACUGCUUCACCUCAGAGAAGCACCAUGCACCCCUGACUGCCUACUUGCCCUUGUCUCUUGCAGGUGACAGGAUGCCAGCAAGACCUCCUCAUCCGUCUUUUCAUGGUAGUGGAGAGGAAGCUGUGGCUGUGGAGCCAGAUCAGGGUCAAGUGUGCUUUGAAGAUGUAGCUAUUCGUUUCACGGCUGAGGAGUGGGCAUUGCUGGAUCCUGACCAGAGAGCUCUGCAUGAGGAAGUCAUGGAGGAGAAUCGCGGGAUCAUAGACUUUCUCUAUGGUAUUAAAUUGGAAAUGAAGAACAAGGGAAACCAUGAAAAAUAUUGCACAGUGGAGAAGCCAUAUCAGUAUUUGGAAUGCGGAGAGAACUUUAAUCAGACUUCCCAAUCCACUUCCCAUCAAAGAAUGAAACCCUAUAAGUGCCUGGAAUGUGGGAAGAGCUUCAGUCACAGAUCCCUUCUCUCUUACCAUCAAAGAAUUCAUACAGGGGAGAAACCAUAUCAGUGCUUGGAAUGUGGAAAGUGCUUCAGCCAGAGCUACAGUCUCAGUUCUCAUGAAAGAAUUCAUACAGGGGAGAAACCAUAUCAGUGCUUAGAAUGUGGAAAGCGCUUCAAUCAGAGCUCCGGUCUCAGUUCUCAUCAAAAAAUUCAUACAGGGGAGAAACCAUAUCAGUGCUUAGAAUGUGGAAAGAGCUUCAGUCAUAAUUCCAGUCUCAUCUCACAUCAAAGAAUUCAUACAGGGGAGAAACCAUAUCAGUGCUUAGAAUGUGGAAAGAGCUUCCGCAAGAAGGCCCAUGUCACAUCCCACCAGGCAAUUCAUACGGACGAGAAACCAUAUCCAUGCAUGGAAUGUGGGAAGAACUUCAGUCAAAGGGACAAGCUCAUGGCUCAUCAAAGAAUUCAUACAGGGCAUAGACCAUAUCGGUGCUUGGAAUGUGGGGAGAGCUUCUUUAAGAGUUCUUCUCUCAUUACCCAUCAAACUAUUCACACAGGUGUGAAACCUUUUCAGUGCUUGGAAUGUGGAAAGAGCUUCAGUCAGAAGGGCCAUCUCACUUCCCAUCAAAGAGUUCAUACAGCGGAGAAGAAAUAUUUGUGUUUGGAAUGUGGGAAGAGAUUCAGUCAGAGGGCCAAGCUCAUGGCCCAUCAAAGAAUUCAUACGGGGGAGAAACCAUAUCAGUGCUUGGAAUGUGGAAAGAGCUUUGCCUGGAAGGACACAUUCACUUCCCAUCAAAGAAUUCAUACAGGGGAGAAACCAUAUCAGUGCAUGGAAUGUGGAAAGAGAUUCAGUCGUAGGGCCUACCUCACUUCUCACCACAGAAUUCAUACAGGGGAGAAACCACAUCAGUGCUUAGACUGUGGGAAGAGCUUCACCUGGAAGGAAAGUCUUACUUCCCAUAGAAUAAUUCAUGGGGAAGAGAAACCAUAUCAGUGUGUGGAAUGUGGAGAGAGCUUCACUCGUAAGGAAAGUCUCUCUUGCCAUCAAAGAAUUCAUACAGGGGAGAAACCAUAUCAGUGCUUGCAAUGUGGAAAGAGAUUCAGUGAGAGAGGCAAGCUCACUACCCAUCAAAGAACUCAUACAGGGGAGAAACCAUAUCAGUGCUUGGAAUGUGGAAAGAGAUUCAGUGAGAGAGGCAAGCUCACUACCCAUCAAAGACUUCAUACAGGGGAGAAACCCUAUCAGUGCUUGGAAUGUGAAAAGAGAUUCAGUCAGAGGGCCCAUCUCACUUCUCAUCAAAGACUUCAUACAGGGGAGAAACCAUAUAAGUGUUUGGAAUGUGGAAAGAGCUUCAGUCAGAGUUCUGCUCUCACUUCCCACCAAAGAAUUCAUACAGGGGAGAAACCAUAUCAGUGCUUGCAGUGUGGAAAGAGAUUCAAUCAGAGUUCUGCUCUCACCACCCAUCAAAGAGUACAUUCGGGGAAGAAACUAUAACUAUGCUUGGAGAGUGGAAAUAAUUUAGGAUGGCCAAGCUAACUUCCAAUCAGAUGAAUGACAACACAUUGGCGAUCAAACAGAUGGAAUCUUAUUCUCUGCGGGAAUGGAUUUGGAAGAUGAUCUUCUCUUUUCCUCACUAUUCCAUGGACAAGAAAAUCAACCCACAAGGCAAGAAACGGCUAGAGUGGGUUUACUCACAUGAUCUUUAUAUCCUGCAUGGGAGUCCUGUCAAUGUUUUAAAUGGACAGAUCAGAUUGUUACAUAAAGGGGGGCGGGGAGUGUGAUCAACUACAUCAUAGUGUCACCAUUUCUUUUCCACUCAGUGAAAUCUUUUGAGGUGUUCGAGAGAACAGAAAGCAACCAUUUCGCAUUAUUACUUACAAUCUGCCCCCUGUUAUAAUCCCCCACCCCGAGCCAACAGAUACUUCCAGAGAGCUUGGGUGCAGAAAACCUGAAAUGGUCAUUGAGACUAAGUGACAACAUCCAAAAGACCCUAGCCUCUGAUGUGUCUACGCAAAUCCCUUGAAAGAAACUCAUCCAACCCAGUGGAGAUUUACCAACAAAUAACAGCAGAAAUCAAACCCUGCUUGAUUAACACCAAAGAACCUAAAAAUUAUCUUGUAGAACAACGACACUGGUUUAACACAGAGUGCAGAAAUGCAAGGAAAAGACUGCUGGAUCUAUUAGAGUAUUUUGAAAGAACCCUGGUGCUCUAACUUUGGGGGCACUCAAUAAAGACAGGAUUGCAUGUAAGAACCUGCUAAAAAGCAAAAAAAUAGGCUUCGGAAGACAGAAGUGGCAAGACUUGGCUCAAGCAGCAGCUGACUGAAGGGAGGACAAAUUUUGGGAAUUGGUGUCCAGAGGAAUGAAAUAUGUGAAAUUAACACAUGAUACUAUAAUCCCAGCCUGGAAAUGGGUUGAAUUACUACAGCAAGCUUUUUUGUGAUCAUUCAAGGCUCCCAAAUAAGGCCGGUAUGAACACCAACCCGUCAGAUUUACUUAAACGGUGAGAAGUGUCCCCAAAUGAA